AUCGUGUUGGCCGGUGACAGUUGAGAGCAGCAMGUACGRUGCUAUUGCUAUUUAACUCUCUCCGCAAUAGCCGUCAUCAGUCUUCGGCACAMAGUCUCUCAGUAACUGGUUUUCUAUCAAACUAAAAGUUUAAAUAAAAAACGAACAGCCCUUAAGUUUCGAGCGUCUGCAACAAUUCAUCUUGUCACUACAAACCAGCAUGGUAAGGCUCAARAAACAAAGACGCUGUCCCGCUGAAAUGSAUUGUUUCAAUUUCUUUCCUCCUUUCUCAUUCGAAUGCAAUUCUUCAACGGAAAUUCUCGCUCGUUUGGAUUACGCACGGUUKUGAUUUGCAUUUUUGGUGCUGGGCUCGCUCAUUGUACCGUUCUUGAACKACGAAACGUCGCGAAUCCAUAGAUCCGAUUCUUCCUCCUACAAAACCGUCAGGGGAAAACCCGAUUAUCCAAAUGGUACAUCCCACCACCGACGACGACGUCCACCGGAACUUCAACAACAUUAGAGGCGGAAAAGUCGCGCAUCGAAGCKGAGGUUCAUCGAUUGGUGACGGCCCGAGACAAGAAAUACACGAACUUUAUCGAAUACAACAACUACAAAGUCAUAUACCGACGAUAUGCGGGACUCUUCUUCACAAUUGCUGUAGAUGUUCAGGACAACGAGCUGUCGUAUUUGGAAACCAUUCAUUUAUUUGUGGAAUUACUGGAUGCCUACUUUCGAAAUGUUUGCGAGCUCGAUAUCGUGUUUAACUUUAACAAGGUGUACAGCAUUCUCGAUGAAUUUAUGCUUGCGGGGGAAAUGCAGGAAACGUCAAAACAGGAAAUUCUUGAUCGCGUAAAGUUCAUGGAGAAAAUGGAAUAAAAAUGAGACGAGAGGAAGUACAAUCGAUUAUCCCAUUUUAUUGAGCAAGUGGACAACAAAAUCCAACGACGAAGGAAAGGUCGGAAGCUAUCGGACACAAAGAUUUGAAAGAGAUCAGUAMCUCUYUUCGUAGUGUCCAUGGGAACGAAUGAGACGAAGGWCRAACAAAUAGAGAAAGCCCAGUUAUGAGUGAAUGCGCUUUUUUGUUGCAUUYUGCAUGAGCGGGAUAGGGUCCGUGCGCGAGAAGUGGAARUUGUUUUCAGGGGCUGCGUGGCAUACCAUGAUCAAGAUCCCCUACUUUACGAACAAACAAAUUUUUAAAUGUUUUAAUAAUGUUAUCCCAUCUAU